AUGAGCCAAACGAUAUCGAGUGAAAGUGGCAUCCAAUCCAUCGAUGAACAGCGAUUGGAGACCGAUCUGCAGUACCGGUUCCAAUACCUGGUCGAAUUCAUCGGCUUUUCAGAGGAAGAUAUUGCAGCGAUUCAUGCCUCGGCGGAAUUGCUGGCACCGGUGGUUCCCGCCCUCGUCGAUGCGGUUUAUGAAAAACUUUUCAGCCGCGAUGCCACUAAGCGACACUUCCUCAUUCGCAACAGCGGCUAUCAAGGGGCCUUGGCGAACGACCUGGAAGCCUUGUCGCUGGAAGACGCUCAGGUUGAAUUCCGCAAAGAGCACCUUUCGCGGUACCUGGUGAGCCUGGUUACACGCGAUUUUGAUGCCAAGUUCGUAACUUACCUCGAUGCCGUCGGAGCAAUCCACACGCCCAAGGCCGGCAGCCCGCAGCUUGAAGUGCCUUUGAUUCAGAUGAACGCCCUGAUGGGAUUUGUCUCCGACGCCAUCAUCGGCACAAUUCAGAGCUUAGGACUCGAUGCAAUCACCGAGGCCAAGACCAUUCGUGCGUUUAAUAAGCGGUGGCUCUUUCGCAUUUACAGCGUUGCCGUGCUGGAAGAGUGCUCCCCCUUGACUCACUGGUACAAGUUGGAUGUGCCGGAGGUUCUAAAGCAGCUCAACUGCGACUUGGACCGGGGUCUGAGUACCGAAGAUGCCGCCCUUCGUCGUAAGGAACACGGCCCCAAUCAACUCGAAGAGCGUUCCGCCCGUGGGGUCUGGUCGAUCGUCGUGGAGCAAUUCACCGGCACCCUGGUGGUCAUGCUCAUAAUCGCAGCGGUGGUGUCGCUGUUUCUGGGGGAGUACAUCGACGCUGGGGCAAUUCUCACCAUAGUCGUGCUGAAUGCCAUCCUGGGGUUCGUUCAAGAUUAUCGGGCCGAAAAGGCGAUGGCGGCCCUGCAGCGUAUGGCUGUGCCCACUGUUCGGGUCCGACGCGAUGGCACGAUCGGCGAGCUGUCUGCCCGUGAGCUGGUGCCGGGCGAUCUGGUCUAUGUUGAGGCCGGCACUUCCAUCCCUGCGGAUGGGCGAAUUGUCGAUAGUGCGAAUCUCAAAGCCGAGGAAGCCGCCUUGACGGGCGAGUCGGAGCCAGUCGAAAAGCAAACAGACACGCUGGAGGCAGACGACCCUGCCCUGGGCGACCAGCACAACAUACUGUUCAUGGGCACCGUGGCCACCUACGGCCGGGGCGAGAUGAUAGUAACCGCGAUUGGCAUGGAGACGGCCCUAGGACAGAUCGCCACCAUGCUGCAGACGGUGAAGCGAGAGCCCACCCCGCUGCAGAGGCGACUGGCGAAGCUGGGGCGUCAGCUUGCCGUCGCUGCAUUGAUCAUCGUGGCCAUCGUGUUCGUUAUGGGACUGCUGCGAGAUGAAAGCCCCAAGCUGAUGUUCAUGACGGCGCUCAGUAUGGCCGUAGCGGCUGUGCCCGAAGGGCUUCCGGCCGUGGCGACCGUGGCCCUGGCAUUAGGCGCACGUCGGAUGUUGAAGCGUCAGGCACUGAUUCGCAAACUGCCUGCCGUGGAAACCUUGGGCUCGGUUACGGUGAUUUGUUCCGACAAGACCGGAACGCUGACCGAAAAUCGCAUGCAUGUCGCCCUGCUGCGGACUCUCGACCAGCGUUUCGAAUUCGGAGCAGAGCAAGAAAGCGACCCCAGGGAUGACGCUGCGGCCACGCUCAUGCUGGCCUGCGGGGCCCUGUGUAACGACGCUUCGCUCGAGGGCGAGGAUGACGACGAAGAGUCGCUCCAUGCGACAGGCGAUCCAACGGAGACCGCUUUAGUGGUUGCUGCCGCAAAGCAUGGAAUGCCGAAAGCCGACCUCGAUCGAGCCCUCCCACGAGUGGCCGAAGUGCCGUUCGAUUCCGACCGCAAACGGAUGACCACCGUCCACGAACUGCCUCAGGAACAGUCGGGGCUCUCUGGGUCACUGGCACAAGCAUUCAACGACAUCCCCGAUUUAGCAGGGUCGAGUCACAUCACCUUCACCAAGGGGGCCGUCGAUUCGUUACUACCGUUGUGCACCCAAGUGUAUCGCGACGGACAGCUCCAAUCGCUCGACGAUGACACGCGGCGCCGAGUCGACGAACUUCACGACGAACUCGCCGGCGAAGGAAUGCGGGUAUUGGCGCAAGGCUUUCGUCACGGAAAAGACGUGACAGCCGACAGUGAAGCGGAAACUCUGGAAAGCAACCUCGUCCUGCUGGGCCUGGUGGCUCUGAUCGACCCGCCGCGGAGCGAAGCAAGCGUUGCUGUCGAACGCUGUCGGGCCGCAGGGAUCCGGCCCGUGAUGAUCACGGGAGAUCAUCCGCUAACCGCCUUAAAUAUCGCCGGGCAAGUGGGAAUCGCCAGCGACGGAGGAAGCCUGACUGGUCGCGAACUCUCGGAGAUGGACGAAACUCAGUUCGCGGACGCGGUUCAGCAGGUUUCUGUAUUCGCGCGUGUCGCUCCAGAGCACAAGUUGAGGAUUGUCGAAGCGUUGCAGUCACAGGGCGAAGUUGUCUCGAUGACGGGUGAUGGAGUCAACGACGCACCCGCUUUAAAGAAGGCCAGUAUCGGCGUGGCGAUGGGCAUCACGGGGACCGAUGUCGCAAAGGAGGCCGGCGAAAUGGUACUUCUCGAUGACAACUUCGCCACCAUCGUCAAUGCGGUCGAAGAAGGCCGGACCAUCUACGACAACAUUCGUAAGUUCAUCAAGUACACCAUGACCAGCAACUCGGGCGAAAUCUGGGUCAUGUUGCUGGCCCCAUUCAUUGGAAUGCCACUGCCGCUGCUGCCGCUGCAAAUUUUAUGGGUAAAUCUCGUGACCGACGGCCUGCCGGGCUUGGCCCUGGCCGUGGAGCCGACCGAACGAAACGCCAUGCGGCGGCCGCCGUAUCCUCCCGACGAGUCGAUGUUCUCGCGGGGGAUGGCCUCACACAUCCUCUGGGUGGGACUGCUCAUGGGAGUCGUGUCAUUGGGCACGGGCUACUGGUAUUGGGCGGCCAAUUCGGAGAACACCCCCUACUGGCGGACCAUGGUCUUCACGGUCCUCACCUUCUCGCAAAUGGGGCAUGUGUUGGCGAUUCGCUCUGAUCGCGACACCGUGCUGCGGUUGGGAAUACUUUCGAAUAAGCCGCUAGUGGCCUCCGUGCUACUCACCUUCAUACUGCAAUUGAUUGUGAUUUAUCUCCCAUUGGCCCAAGAUGUGAUGCGAACCACCGCCCUAUCUCUGGUCGAUUUCUUGAUCGCUCUCGCGCUGAGUUCGCUUGUGUUUUACGUGCUCGAGAUUUCGAAGCUCGUGUGGCCCAAACGUGAACUCACUGCGUAA